AAUGUGGUGAAAUAGUUACUAUUUGUUUAUGUUUGUGUAACGUCGUGAGAAUGUGUUCACAACAUUGAUCUAGUGUGCUACUGUCCAAGUCUCUUUCGUCAGUUCAUGUGUCGUUCUAGUUUAAUAAAGCCUUGUUUUAGGUUACUCUUCAGUGUUCCUUUAUUUCUUAUUACAAUUUAUUAAACUAGAAAUUUUCAAUUCUAUGGAUCUAUGUGCCUCACGUAUCUUUUUUGGAUUUUCGUUCAACACUAUUCUCAGUCUGUAAGUAAAAGUAAUUAUACAAAUGGAACGGCUAUUUAGGCCAAAAGAGCUAGACAUAGAGCCUAGCUCGCCAUCGGCUGCCGAGAAGUGGCUGCACUGGCUCAGAACAUUUGAGAAUUUCAUCUCCUCAGUCUCUCACUGUGAGAUUGACAAAAAGAAAUUACUGGAAAACUACGUUUCUUCGAGCGUAUUUCAGUACAUAAGUGAGUGUACCACGUUCGAAGAAUCAAUCAAAGUUCUACAAAAUGUCUACGUGAAGCCUAAAAGCGAAAUUUUUGCACGGCACAUGAUAACUCUUUGUCGACAAGAGAACGGACAAACCGUUGACUCCUUCCUACUUAAGCUUAAAAGUAUGGCCAAAAACUGUGACUUCAAAGCUGUCACCGCUGAAGAACACAGAGAUAUCUUCGUAAGAGACGCCUUCAUUACUGGACUGGCUUCAAACAGCAUAAGGCUGCGACUCUUAGAGAAAUCUACUUUAACUCUACAGUGCGCCUAUGAAGAGGCAAGACAACUUGAAUAUGCCCAUAACCAUGCCAUGGCGUAUAACAUCUGCUCUGAAACUCCCUGUGGAGCUAGCGCCGACGAGGAGAGCCUUUCUCCAACGACAAAAGUAGAACACGAGGUGAGUGCGGCGACUAGUAAAAGAUGUUUCUUUUGUGGAAACAGCCCACAUCAACGCUUUAGAUGUCCGGCCCGCGACGCUACAUGCAACUUGUGCGGUAAGAGAGGCCAUUUCCAGAAAGUCUGUAGAUCGACCAGACAGACACUCAAAUCUAUAACCUCAGCCAUAGUGAAAGCAGAUGAUGAGACGUCUCGGACUACAACCGUUGGAUCCUCCUGGGCAUCGACACCAGCGUCCGGUCUUACUAAAUCUACUAUUUCAAUACUCGUCAAUGGAGUACCAUUGAAGGCUCUCGUAGAUACGGGGAGCAGUGAAAGCUAUAUAUCUUCUUCAAUUGCUAAAAGGUACAGAUGGAAAUUAGAAACGUCCAGAAACAGAAUCUACAUGGCCUCUACACAUCUUUCUCGCACUACUCACGGCCAUAUUUUCGCAAAAAUAAAGUACAAAGAUGAACAAUACGAAAGUGUUAAGCUCUCACUACUAGAUGGACUAGUAUCUGAUGUAAUCUUAGGGCUAGAUUUCAUCAGCCAGCAUGAAAAACUGAUGAUCCCAUUUGAGGGAAAACGGAGCACUCUCCAGGUCUGUACGCUGAAAGCUGCACGAGUUGAAGCCCCUCGCCUCUUCGCUAAUCUUGCUCCUAACUGCCACCCCAUAGCCACUAAAUCUAGAAAAUAUUCUAUGCCUGACUCCAAAUUCAUUCAAAAUGAAAUCAAGAGACUCCUAUCUGACAAAAUUAUUGAGCCUUCCACGUCCCCGUGGCGAGCCCAGAUAAUUGUAACAACUAAUGAAAGGCACAAAAAGAGAAUGGUUAUCGACUAUAGCCAAACCAUCAAUCGAUUCACUUACCUCGACGCGUACCCCGUGCCAAAAGUUGAUGAACUGGUGCAGGAAAUAUCUAAAUACUCAAUGUACAGUACAUUUGACCUCAAAAGCGCUUACCACCAGAUACCUAUCAGGGAUGAUGAAAAGCAGUACACGGCGUUCGAGGCUGGCGGAAAGCUUUAUCAGUUUUGCCGCAUUCCUUUUGGAGUGACAAACGGAGUCGCUGCAUUUCAAAGGACGAUCAACACAAUAAUUGAGGAGGCAGGGCUACAGGACACGUUCGCUUACGUGGAUAACGUUACCAUCUGCGGACUUGACCCCAGUAGCCACGACCAGAAUCUACAGAGAUUUCUCAAUGCCGCUAAAAAGUACGGUAUCACCUUCAACAAUGAUAAAAGUGCUAUUGCGACUAAUAAAGUAUGCCUCCUAGGCUACGAAAUCUCACAAGGGCAAUUAAGACCAGACCCCGAAAGAUUUCAAGCAUUGAGAAACCUACCUCCACCACAAGACAUGAAAUCACAAAAGCGGGUGAUUGGACUACUGUCCUAUUAUUCUCAAUGGAUCCCAAAUUUCUCCAACAAGAUCCAUUUAUUGGUAAACAACAAAGCCUUUCCUCCCCCUGAACAAGUUCAAGAAGCUUUUAAACAGCUAAAACACGAACUUGAAAACGCUGCUGUGUCGACGAUAGAUUACAAUCGACCUCUAACAGUCGAAACAGAUGCCUCUGACAUCGCGAUUGCCGCCACUCUUAAUCAAGAAGGCCGUCCUGUCGCCUUCUUUUCAAGAACACUCACGAAUAGUGAACGCAGACACUCAGCAGUAGAAAAGGAAGCACACGCUAUCGUAGAAGCCCUGAGAAAAUGGCAACAUUACCUUAUCAGUAGACUCUUCACAUUGGUUACAGAUCAACGCUCAGUGUCUUUUAUGUUUGACCAGCAGAACAAGGGCAAGAUCAAAAACGAAAAGAUACAAAGAUGGCGACUGGAGCUUAGUUGUUUCCAAUAUGACGUCGUAUAUCGACCCGGGAAACAAAACGCUGCGGCGGAUACCUUUUCAAGAAACCACUUUGCGUCAGCAAUGACUGGAGAAGACCUCAAACUGUUACACAACAACCUCUGUCACCCAGGGGUCACGAGACUCCUCCAUUUCGUUCGGACUAAGAACUUACCUUUUUCCUGCGAGGACGUCCGCAAAGUGGUAAACCAAUGUAAAACUUGCGCUGAACUGAAGCCUAGAUUCUUCAAACAGUUUUCAGGCACCCUCAUCAAGGCUACCCAACCAUUUCAGAGAGUAAGCAUCGAUUUUAAGGGGCCACUCCCAUCUGCUACUCACAACAAAUACUUAUUAACAAUGGUGGAUGAGUACUCACGCUUCCCAUUUGCCUACCCAUGUCCCGAUAUGUCCUCAUCUACUGUCAUAAAGUGUUUAAAUCAGCUGUUUUCCUUAGUUGGGAUGCCAGAGUACGUCCAUUCUGACAGAGGUACGGCCUUUAUGUCGAGGGAGGUGCAAUCCUUUCUGCACGAGAGGGGAAUAGCUACAAGUAGAACAACCGCUUUUAAUCCUUUAUGCAACGGA